UAGCAUCCUGCUAAUAUAACAAGUUUGAAUUUUUAGUCUGCUACAAUGGCGCGGAAUUGACAUUUCUUGUGUUUGUUUUCUAAACAGUCUUAAAUUUUAUAAUGAAAUUUCAUGAGUGGAAUACAACAAAUUCCAAGUGCCUUUUUUAUUCUAAUCCUAACCACAUGCAAUCCUUUACUUUCUCUGGAAAUUCCUAUAAUGUGACAAACAGCUCAUUCUUGGGGAAAUGUGAUCAACAAGGCAAAUCAUCUCUCCUUGAAGCUUUGUGUAAGGUGUUCCAAACCAACACUUCCAGCCUCAACUCUCCAUUUCACAAGCUAAAUCAAGAUGAGUUCCUUAAAGUUAAGACAUCACUUUCCCACUACAAGUCAUGUUUACCAGCUACAGAAACUGCCGAAUGGUUUAUAGAGAGUGGAGAAAGUUCAAAUUGUUUAAUGCCACAGGCCGAAGCAACAAAAGAAAGACUUGUUUGCUAUUUCCUGACAAAACAACGCAAGGUUGUGGGAAAAUUUGUAGUCAGUAAUGCUGAAAACAAACUUAUUAUUCCAAGAAAGUCAGUUGAUAAGGGAAAUAGCAAUCUUCAGUUGCUUAAGAACAUGAACCAAUUAUCCAGUGCAACAAUCAAAGAUAGAUACAAGGCUCCAUUUAAUCACUCUAAUUUGAGUGAUAUUGAAUUCACAUCCAGCCGGUUGCAGAUUUUUGGUGUUGUCACAGCUGUGAAUAAACUUCCAACAAAGACAACAAGCUCCUGGCAUUCUCUAAUUUGCAUUUCAGACCCAUCUCUCAUCAUGAUUGCAUCUGGUGAUGAAGAAGAAGAGGAUAAAGCCCCUGGUGAGUUCAAAAUGUCCCUAUUCUUCAAUACAUUAGAAGAUCAUCCAGAAUUCCAUCGAGGUGAUGUCGUUCGAUUUACCAAUGUCAAGAUAGAGACUCAUAAAAAUCGUUGUGAUGGACGGGUCUUCAACAAAACAGAUGUCACCGUCUAUUGUCAUCCUGAUAGUAAAGCACCUGUUCUCCGCGAAAAUUUUGAUGACCGAGCAGCCGUUGUUCGCGUUUUGAGCCACUGGUGGACGUUAAACCAUCGGUUUUUCGACUAUGUCACGCCACAUCCAAUUUAUCAUCUUCUUUCCAGAUAUCCAGGCAUUCGUACUUUUAGGGAAUUAUCUGAUGAACUCAUCUGCGACUUGUAUUGCCAAGUAGUCAGUAUAUCGGAUGACUCUUCAGAUUUAAAUUUUUUGUGCGUUCGAGACGGCACUAUUUUUACACUCCAAAAGCAACCCACGGCUAAUCAGUCUGAACCAGAGAUCGAGCAAAUUAACACCGACCCAAAUGAGAGAAAACCUUCUUUCGGGUUCUUAGGACUCGCCAUUUUUGAACCCGAACACUGGAAAACAAUCAAAACACAAAACAUUUUUGUGAACGAUUACGUGAUUAUGCGUGAAGUAAAAGUAGUCUUUUUGACUGAGGAGACGUUGGCCAACUUACGAUCCUAUUACGCCUACCACCAUCCGUGUGUUUUGUUCCGUCCGGCUGGCGAUAAAGUAAAGAAAAUUUCGGCCAAUCAUCACGAAGCGUACAAGAUCCGUGCUCGCUUGCACCGCCUUCCCGAUGAAUUGGAAAAGAUGGAUAGCUGGAAGUUCCCUUCACAAAUUGAAGAAAAAGUACCUGAAGACCCUCUUUUAGUCCGGUUAAAUGACUCUUCCGUACAAAUGAACAUUCUGAAAAGAUUGAAACGUUCUUGAAAUUACAGUAAUAAAUAGAAGCGAAUUUUGGUACGAUA